AUGUCCGAGGAAGAAUGGAAUUCAUUCAAACAGGAGAUCGAGCGUCUCUAUGUUCAUGAAGGACAUUCCUUGAAAGCAACUAUGGCUUACAUGUCAUCUAAUUACUCUUUCAACAAGUCCAAGGGCCAGUACCAGAGGAAAUUCACAAAAUGGGGUUUCAGGAAAAAUUGCUCAUCGGAAAUCCUAAAGUGGACCAGUAAAAGAGUUGACAAAAGGAAACGCGUAUAUGCCAAAGACAGCGAGGUCUACAUUGACGGGACUCGCAUUUCACCGCUAAAACUCUCGAGGGCAACAUAUGGAACAGGCUACGUCACAACAGCAGAAUACAAUGCUCCAUCGCCAAGUACCCCAGGAGGUGUGGAGAUACGGACUCCAGGGCCACCUAGUGCGAGUAUUUUCACUACCACGACCUUGCCUUGGUCAAGGUUUCUUAGGCAAAUUCGAGCACCCAUUGAACACGGUAUGGCCAAUUAG